UUUUAUAACGAACUGUGUACAGUGUAAAGUCGUAGUUGUACAUCGUUGUAGAUAUUUAUUUAUCAUUUUAAUUUCUAAAACAUGCAAUGGGUUCCUAUUUGAGCGGUUUUUAUUACGAAACAAGUCAAGAUUCUGUUACAAAGCCCACUGAAUCUUAUAUGAAGGAUUAUAGCACGUUACUAGGAGAGCCUAACAAGGUACCUGACAACGCUUCUGAAAUCUCAGGAAUUUAUCAACAUGGUUUCGAAACUCAAAAAACUUUGUGCUUGGAUAAUGAAAAGAAGAUGGGCUCGGAUUAUAUGAAUGAUUUAGUAAGACAGACUGCGUGUUUAGAUGAUUACGAGUCUUUAAAGACAGCAGUUUCCAAGGAGAACAACAGAAAUUGUUUUGAAGAUGGUGGAAAGACCCGUCACUUCUUGACGGAUUAUAACCCAGGUCUGAAUUCAGACGAAUGUACUAGUACAGAAUCAAUGGUCGUGUGCAGUGACGACCUGCAAAUCGACAUAGAUCUACAACAAACCAAUACAAGUUCAAAGGAAAGCACCACCAGUUCAAAUCUGACAUCUUCAAAUUCCUGUGCAUGGGAGAUAGAUAUGGGAGGAUUUUUUGUUAAAAAGAAAAGAAGAAAACAAGCCAAAAGUGGAAAGGCAAAAGAGAAUGCAAAAGAAAACGUGAAUAAAGAUACUAUUGAGGUUACCAACAGCUAUACUGACGCAGUGUCUGUGGUUACCAUGGAAACAAUGGCAUUAAGAAAAGUGUUUGAUCAAAGACGAUGGUACUGCAUGAGCCGUCCACAGUACAGUAAAUCAUGUGGUAUCUCAUCUUUGGUUUCUUGCUGGAAUUAUUUAUUCAGCACAUUAGGAACUGGAAGUUUACGACCAAUAUCUCAGGAAGAGGCAUUAACUAUUCUGGGUUUUAAACCCCCAUUUGGUGAAAUUAGGUUUGGUCCUUUCACUGGAAAUGCAACAUUGAUGAGAUGGUUUCAUCAGCUUUGUAAUCACUACAAGGUACGUGGAAGAGCAUAUUAUCUAUAUAAACCCAAAGGCAAGAGCAGAACUGUUGGUAUUACAAGCAAUGCAGCACUACAGAAGCUCAAACGAGGUUUGCAAGAUGAGCAGACGGCUGUUAUAUAUCACUGCCAUAACCAUUACUUCUGUCCUGUUGGAUAUGAGGAAACACCAACCAAAUCAAUAGAUGCAUACCGUACUGUUCUACCAAAAGAUCAAACUAUCAACUGGAUAUUGGUCUGUGAUCCCAGCAGCAAACACCCUGCCAUCAAUUCAAUAAGAUGGAGUGACAUAGACACUGAUCUAAACUGUGAAAACCCAUACCAUAUGAACAUACGAAAACUGCACAAUGGCGUUAUGCAACGCAAAACUAGAAAAGUUGGUGGAAACCUCCACUGCCUGAUGGCAUUCCAACGAAGCUCUUGGCAAGGCGUAAAGAGAAACAUGGUCAUAAAGUAUCAAGAAUCAGACCUAGAAAUUACCCCUGGGACAGAUUCUGAAAGCAGUGACAGUACAGAGGACAACGAUGAUUAAAUUUAUAGAGUUCAUUGUUGGUGUGGUGUGAUGUGGCUUGGUGUGGUGUGAUGUAGUGUGGUAUGGUAUAUAUGGUGCAGUGUGGUGUGUUGUGGUGUACGUUUGAAGUGUGGUGUGGUAUCCAUGUGGGGUGGCUUUGUGUACAUGUGCUGUACAUGUUGUGUGAAGUAGUGUGGUAUGGUAUGGUGCA